GCACCGGUGACUCCGGCAGCUCAGUCACAGCAGAUACCGGCCGCUCAAUCACGUACACCUGUCCAAGCGGAGGUAGCAAGGCUCUUUGCGCCAUAUAACAUUGGAGCCAGAAGGAAUAUGACGAGACGACCAGCACAAGUCCAAGUUAGCCGAAGAAGCUACACACACACUGUCUGUUGUUUGGCUGACCACAAUGCGGAUAAAAUUCCAAGCGUACUGUUUAAAGCUGAACUUCUUACUUCAGGACUUGGAGAGCAAAAAGUAACAUUUUCAGGAGAGCUCACGUCCUGCCUCUGGUCCAGUCAUCCCCUGCAUCACUUGUCAGAAGGAAGUUCCCUUUUCAGAGAUGAAGCUGCACAGAUUGAGCUGCAAUGGGACACCCAUGCAGGAAUCAGAAAGAGAACAAGAGGGAGGCCAAAGUGAAGAAAAUGAUAGUGAGACAGCCCUAGUCAGUGACAGUGUUCCAGUGAGGCCUGAAACAUCAGCUGAGAGUGCAGUAGUACCGGCAGUGAUUGUCAACGAGGAGUUGGAUCGCAAAGAAACAGACAGUGAAUGGAAGCUUAUUAAAGAACCCACUCAAGCUGCCAAAGUUUUCAAAGAGAAUCUGCUAAGGGAACAUGCAACUGGGAAACCACUUAGAAUGAAGAUGGAUGUAAGGGACUCUGAAGAGGACAGGGAACGGGAGCUUCUCUUAUUCUAUAAACAGCAGCAAGAAUGGGCAUGUCCACUUCAUUGUACUCUGGUUGGUGAUGUUGCUAUCGGAGAGGGAGUGAUGCGGUACUUUAUGACAACAAUCAUAUCCAAACUCCAGUUUGGAUUCAGUCUAGAUCUUGGAGGAAUGGGCCGAACACUGCUAUUUGAGGGUGAACCUGACCAUCUUGUUCCAGCAGCAUCAGAGGCACUUAUUGAAAGCAACCUCUUCCGGGUUGCAGGAAGGAUGUUGGGCCACACCUUUCUGCAUGAUGGUCCCCAUGUCACAGGACUAAGUCCUGCUGUAAUUCAUGUACUGUUCAAUGGGGACCCUGAAAUGGCUACUGUUGUUACAGAAGAGUGUCCUGAUCUGCACAUCAGGAGCAUCAUAGAACUGCUUGAACAUGAAGAUCUUACACCGGAACAGAAGGACACAGUUUCAGAUCUUUCCAUGUCUUGGGAUCUUCCGGCAGUCACCAAAACAAAUCGGAGAUGGCUACAUAACAAACUUCUACUCCAUGCAGUCGUUGGGAGGACCAUGCGCCAAAUUAAACAGUUGAGAAAGGGACUGAAAGAUGUGAUGGUAUGGCCCCUGCUGACAUCUAGGCCGGAUGUUGUACCACUUCUUUUCCCCAAAAUGGCUGAAAUGCAGUUCACACCCCAGAUGCUCCUAGAAAAAAUCACAUGGCCAGUUGAGGACAGUGAUGAUGAAGACUUUGACUUAGACACCACCUGCCGCAUCACUGGCUUUCUAAGGAUGUUCAUUGAAACAGCUUCAUCAGGUACCCUGGCCCAGCUGCUGACAUUCUGGGUUGGCUGGGAGAUGCUUCCUCCUGAACUGAGAGUGGAGAUUUCUGGGGGAACCCUUCCUACGUCCUCCACAUGCUUUGAAACCCUAAAGCUGCCAGCUCAUUUCAAACUCUACAUGGACUUUGAGAAAGCACUUGUCGCUGCCAUAAAAAGUACUGGAUUUGGGCUUGUUUAAGUUUUUUUCAGACGUCAAUUAGGGCUGGGCAAUAUUUUAAUAUUAUAUCUAUCGUGAUAUAAGACUAGAUAUCGUCUUAAGGUGCUUUUCCAUUACCAGUACCUACUUGACUCGCCUCGCCUCGACUCGCUGUGCGUCCGUUUCCCAUUGCAGAUUUUAGGACGAGGCGAGUAGGUACCAUGUAAUGGAAAAGCACCAUUAGAUUUUGAAGAAGUGUAAUAUCGUUACAUGGUAAGUUUAGUCUUUUCCUGGUUUCAAAGGCUGCAUUACAGUAAAGUGAUGUCAUUUUCUGAACUUACCAGACUGUUCUAGCUGUUCUAUUAUUUGCCUUUUACCACUUAGUCAUUAUAUCCACAAUAUGAUAGUUAUUUAUCCGAAAUCUAAAUGUGGAAGAUAUUUUGUGAAUGCACCAAUUGUCAACCUUACAAUAUCGUUGCAAUAUCGACAUCAAGGUGUUAGGUCAAAAAUGUGAUA